AAAGGGUCUGCCAUCUAUCUCAAAAUAGGAGGACAAGAGCAAGACAGAAAUAAUAGUUGUGAAAGUCAAAAUCGGGAGUGAACGGCUCAUCCCGUUUUUCAGCAGGGCUGCAGCAAAGAAAUUUCAUUUCCCGGAGAUUGAACCGUUGGAUCGUCGUAAUUUUUGGACAGAAGCUACACAGAAUCUGAUCUAACAUUCUGGACGGUGGAGAUCGGGUUCUGAGGUCCGGAAGUCGGGUUUCGUGGGUCUGGACAGUAGCUAUUUUCCUGGUGAUAUUUUUCUUAUAUUGGCUCUAUUUUGAUUCCAUACACCUUGAUGUGCUUAGUUCCAAGGAUAUGAUGAUUGUGUAUGCCUCUAGUAUUAUCUAGAGAAGACUUUGUACUGCUCCUUUGAUGAUGAUAGUGGAUUUAAGCGGCCAAAAUGGUCCCGUGGUUUUUCCCUAGUUUAUGGGGUUUCCACGCUAAAAUUCCGUUGUGUGCUUAUUAUCUAGAGAAGACUUUAUACUGCUUACUGUUUUAGCUGCUUAUAUUGGUGUGUGACAGCAGUUUUUUUGUGUGUUCUAAUUGGAUUAAGAACACCCUAUUUGUUUGCAUCCUCAAAUGUUCAUUCAAGUUGGGAAAGUUUAGCCAAACGGAAAUUAAUUCCGCAUUUUAUUAGUUACCGUUUGUGGCUGUUUUUCCCAUCAAAUUGGUAUCAGAGCCGAGUUCUUUUGUAUUGGGUUAGACUUGUUUGAAUGAUUGAAGCUAACACAAGUAGGAUGAUCAAUUUGAAUGGUUCUAAUUAUCGUGUUUGGAAAUACAAGAUGGAAGACCUUCUUUAUGUGAAGGAUUAUUAUUUGCCUGUGUUUACUACUGAUAAACCUGAGAGUAAAACAGAUGCAGAGUGGAAUAUUUUGCAUAGACAGGUUUGUGAAUAUAUUCGUCAAUGGAUUGAUGAUAAUGUUUUGAACCAUAUUAACGGAGAGACUCAUGCUCACACUUUGUGGAACAAGCUUGAACAGUUGUAUGCUAGAAAGACCGGGAACAAUAAAUUGUUCUUAAUAAAAUAGAUGAUGAGCUUGAAAUUCCAUGAUGGAACUCGUGUCACUGAUCAUUUGAAUUCUUUUCAGGGAAUCAUAAAUCAACUUGCAGGAAUGAGUAUCAAGUUUGAAGAUGAGAUACAAGGCUUGUGGUUGCUUGGCACUUUACCGGACUCAUGGGAGACUUUUAGGAUAUCAUUGUCCAACUCUGGACCAGAUGGUAUCAUCACCAUGGAAUUAGCUAAAGGCGGUAUUUUAAAUGAAGAGAUGAGAAGAAAGUCACAGGGUUCCUCUUCACAUUCUGAUGUCUUAGUUACAGAAGGCAGGGGGAGAAGUCAGAGUAGAGGUCCAGGUAACAAAGGGAAGCAUCGAAAUAAAUCCAAAGGAAAGUUUGCUGAUUUUGAGUGCUAUCAUUGUGGUAGAAAAGGGCACACAAUACGGUUCUGCAGGCAAUUGAAAAAGGAGAAGAAGAAGAACGAUUACAACAAUCAAAAGGACCAUAAGAAAGAUGAGGGUGGUAAUGGCAAUGCUGAAAUUAACACUACUACCGAAGAGUUUCUUAUUUGUUGUGAUCUUGAUAUGAUCAACAUUGCACAUGAUGAUUCAAGCUGGGUUGUUGACAGUGGUGCUACGUGUCAUGUAACAUCACAGAGGGGUUUUUAUUCAUCUUACACUCCAGGUAACUUUGGUAAUGUUAGGAUGGGUAAUAAUGGACUAUCAAAGAUUGCAGGCAUCGGAGAUAUUUGUUUGAAGUUUGACACUGGGAUAGAGCUGGUUUUACAUAAUGUAAAACAUGUUCCAGAUAUGAGACUUAAUUUGAUCUCUGUGGGCUUACUUGAUGAUGAUGGUUACAGCAACAACUUUGGUAAUGGAAUAUGGAAACUCACUCGUGGUUCUUUGAUCGUGGCUAGAGGUAAAAGAUGCUCAAAGUUGUACAUGACACAUCCGAAGAUUUUCAAGGAUAGGGUCAAUGUUGUGGUGAAUACUGACAUGACUGAUUUAUGACAUAAGAGACUUGGUCACAUGAGUGAAAAGGGGAUGUCUCUUUUGUUGAAGAGAAAUGUGUUACCGGGUGUGCAUGAUAUUCAUCUAAAGAAGUGUUCUCACUGUUUGGCAGGUAAACAGAACGGGGUUUCCUUUAAGAGCCAUGUGUUUUCUUGGGUUAUGGCCAAGAUGAGUUUGGUUACAGAUUAUAUGAUCCAGUGCACAAGAAACUUAUUCGAAGCUGAGAUGUUGUGUUUGUUGAAGAUCAGACCCUGAAAGAUGUUGAGAAGAAAGAGACAAUUCCUCAACAUAAUGAUGAUGUUACUGAUUUGGAUCCAGUGCCUCCUCAGCAUGUAGAACCACCUCUUGAUGAUGAUGUUCAGAAUGAUGAACAACAUGAUACUGAUGAUAUUGAUGCUCCAGAACAGCCAGAGGUGGAUGAAGAAUUUCAUUCAGAGAUACCGGUACCAGACGUACCACCAUUUGUCCCACUUAGGCGGUCUACAAGAGAUCGUCAUCCUUCCACUCGUUUUUCAGCUAAUGAGUAUGUUUUACUCACUGAUGACGGAGAGCCUGAGUGUUAUGCAGAGGCCAUGGAAGAUAAGCACAAAAGGGAGUGGGUUGAAGUCAUGCAAGAUGAGAUGAAUUCCUUACAUGAGAAUAAUACUUUUGAGUUGGUGAAGUUGCCUAAAGGCAAGAGAGAUUUGAAGAACAAGUGGGUCUACAAAGUGAAGACCGAAGAGCACACCUCACAACCUAGGUACAAAGCUAGGUUGGUGGUCAAAAGGUUCAGUCAGAGAAAGGGUAUUGAUUUUGAUGAGAUUUUAUCUCCAGUCGUGAAGAUGGGAUCUAUUCGUGUUGUUCUUGGUUUGACAGGCAGCCUUGAUCUUGAGGUUGAACAGAUGGAUGUCAAAACUGCUUUUCUUCAUGGUGACUUGGAUAAAGAAAUCUACAUGGAGCAACCUGAAGGUUUUCAGGUUAAGGGAAAAGAAGGCUAUGUGUGUAGACUUCAAAAGAGUCUUUAUGGGUUGAAGCAAGCACCAAGACAGUGGUACAAGAAGUUUGAGUCAGUUAUGGGGGAGCAAAACUACCGAAAGACUACUUAAACCAUUGUGUUUUCUUUCAGAGGUUUGGUGAUGAUGAUUUCAUCAUUUUAUUGUUAUAUGUUGAUGACAUGUUAAUUGUUGGCAAGAAUGCAGAAAGAAUUACUCAACUAAAGAUACAAUUGAGCAAGUCUUUUGCUAUGAAAGACUUAGGGCCAGCAAAACAAAUUCUUGGCAUUCGGAUCACUCGAGAUAGAGCUUUGAAGAAGCUACACAUGUCACAGGAGUAUUACAUCGAGAAGGUGCUUCGCAGAUUUAACAUGGAUAAAGCUAAAGAGGUUAGUUCUCCUCUUACUACCAACUUCAGGUUGACAAAUAAAGAUUAUCCAUCUUCUGAGAAGAACAUUGAAGAGAUGGAUAGAGUCUUUUAUGCCUCAGCCGUAGGGAGCUUGAUGUAUGCUAUGGUGUGCACACGGCUUGAUAUUGCUCAUGCAGUAGCUGUUGUUAGUCGUUUUCUGUCAAACCCAGGUAAGAAGCAUUGGGAAGCAGUGAAGUGGAUUCUCAUAUAUCUACGUGGAACUUCCAAAUUGGGUAUAACAUUUGGAGAUGAGAAUCCAAUACUUGUUGGUUAUACUGAUUCUGAUAUGGCAGGAAAUAAGGAUAACAUGAAAUCCACUUCUGGAUAUUUGAUGACUUUUGCAGGGGGAGCUGUGUCAUGGCAAUCGAGAUUGCAAAAGUGUGUGGUUUUAUCCACCACCGAGGCUGAGUAUGUGGCUGAAACAGAAACAUGCAAGGAGCUAUUAUGGUUCAAAAGAUUUAUGCAAGAGAUUGGCUUUAUGCAACAACGCUACGUGGUUCUUUGUGACAAUCAAAGUACUAUUCACCUUGCUAAAAAUUCUAUGUUUCACAAACGAACCAAACAUAUUGAUGUGAGGUAUCAUUGGAUUAGAGAUGCGCUUGAAGACAAACUGUUUGAACUUGAUAAAGUUCGUACCGAUGAUAAUGGUGCCGAUAUGUUGACAAAGGUUCUAGCAAGGGAAAAGUUGAAGGUAUGUUGCUCCAUCGCCGGUAUGGCGAACUCUUUCCCAUAAGUCAAAAAGGGAAAGAUUUGUUGGGUUCUUUCUUUGUUUCUGACCCAUGAGGAAAGCCCAACUAUUGAGCCCAUUAAAGUCUUAUUUGGACUUUCUAUUUUGGGAGCUUCUAAUUAAAAAGACUCUGCCAUCUAUCUCAAAAUAGGAGGACAAGAGCAAGACAGAAAUAAUAGUUGUGAAAGUCAAAAUCGGGAGUGAACUGCUCAUCCCGUUUUUCAGCAGGGCUGCAGCAAAGAAAUUUCCCGGAGAUUGAACCGUUGGAUCGUCGUAAUCUUUGGACAGCAGCUACACAGAAUCUGAGCUAACAUUCUGGACGGUGGAGAUCGGGUUCUGAGGUCCGGAAGUCGGGUUUCGUGGGUCUGGACAGUAGCUAUUUUCCUGGUGAUAUUUUUCUUAUAUUGGCUCUAUUUUGAUUCCAUACACCUUGAUGUGCUUAGUUCCAAAGAUAUGAUGAUUGUGAAUGCCUCUAGUAUUAUCUAGAGAAGACUUUGUACUGCUCUUUUGAUGAUGAUAGUGGAUUUAAGCGGCCAAAAUGGUCCCGUGGUUUUUCCCUUGUUUAUGGGUUUUCC